GGACAAGGGAAUGUGAGAACGCAUGUAAGGUCACUCACCUCUACCAUACAAAAACCCACCUUUACUCCCCUUGAAGAACACUUUGACCUUCGUUUACCCGUACUGAAAGUAUGCACCGUGUUCAACAUAUUCAUCGUGGUUUUAUAAAUAUUUGCAAGUUCUUGUGGUCGUCGUAGGUGAGUCUCUCAGAAAGACUCAGAAAUUCAAUUGUUGAGAAGCUUAUUAUUGUAAAACCAGUUUUAGACUUCGUCUUCGUUUCUUGAUUGUUGUCGACGAGAAGAAGUGAUGGCGGAGUUCUACAAUGAGAGCGCGCGCUCCAGUGCGCGGAGGCGGCAUGAAGGAACCAUCGUAGCUUCUGCGCGCUCGGUGCCUGAUCGGGAUUGGGCAACAACACAGAGUCUCCAUAACCUCCACGAAUACAAUCCAGCGAUUAAGAACACAGCAGCAGAGCAGAAAUCAGCAGGGCUCACUAGAGCAGAAGCUGCAUAUCAUGAGUGUGGGUACUGCUACGUGUAAGUAGUUGUAAGUGGAGUUAUUGACACCUAUGAUAAUUGUUACUUACUAGUUUCUUUAUAAUAGACUUAGACAUCCACAUAAAAAUAAUCGCUUGUGCAGCCUUAUGACCCUAGAUGUUGAGGUCCUCUAAUGCAUCUCUGGCGCUUGUCUACGCACGUCGGUCCUUGAUUCAAAGCGUCGUGGUCACUGAAAAAACAAAAAGCCAGUACUACUGAAGAAUUUUGACUACUCAUUUCCAACAAGCACCACAUCUACACCUUCAGGUAUCUAUUGACCCGUGGCGAGAGACAACGCAUUCGCGCUCUCUACAACGAUGCACUACUGACGGGAGAAAAGGUACCUUCGAAAAACAUCCUGAGGGACAUACCUUGUGCGUUGAAGCCACACCCCGGACGCGACGGAGAAGAGGUAAACCGCACACCCCCAGACAGUGCCCACUCGAUUUCGACUGUGUCAGCUGUUAUGAUGAGAUGAGAAGAUGAAAAAAAUAAACUUGUGUAGUUUCAGUUUGUAGUGUGUAAGUCCGUGUUGGUGUACUAUCUCUGUCCGUUUCGUACAUCGAGAGAAUUGUACUUCGUUCACUCCAAGAGCACCGCAGCUAUACAUUCUUGUUUUACAUCAUCCAAGAUUAUGCUGGUUAUGCACCAAGAAUUAUCCCCUUUCAUACUCGGAACAAGUAGAAGCGCUAUGUCGCGAGUAUCCCAAUCAGCUUCUGCGCGUAGCCUGGGCAGCAACUGGAUACGACAAUACAGGCACGAUCCGGACUUUCAUGUUUAUGAUGAUGGCAAAGACAAUGAUUCUUGACGUGGUUCCUGAAGUUAAUGAUUACAAGAACAUGCUCAUACGGAGCAGAAAUAAAAAAAGUACAGAUCAUUUUUUCUUGCGUGAUGCAGAUUAAUAAGGAAGUGGUAGACCAUUUCUUACACAUUCGACAUUAAAUCCGUUCAUAUCCAAAACCGGUACUCUACGCACAACCAUUAUUACGGGACUGGUGCAAAGAGCAAUCCGUAUCUCAGCUACCGAUUGGGCGAGCCAGGUCGCGGCAGAGAGCUCUGGAUGCACCGAACGAGACAACACGUUGCGAAAGAUAACUGUCUGAAUAUUAUGGCUUGGAAAGAGAUGUCUGCUUCUCACAGUUGAACUUGCUAGAUUGUUUGGUUUUCAUUUCAUUAGCUCGUCUUGGUUGGUGCGUGUGUGUCUGCAUUUUCCUAGAAGAUUGUUCAAUGCUCUCGUAUAUCAGCUGUAACUGUAUGAGGCAAUCAUGAUCCAGAUGAUUCAUCCCUCUAACAAAUCGAGCCACCUGUAUUUGCCGAUGUUGCGUUCAGCGAGGGGACCGACUCUGCAUGCACCCCUCGGAUAAGGCAGAAGCGUCCAAGUAGAGGGUCAGAAAGAGAAACAAUGAAAUAAGGCGUUGGUUUAACAUAAGUACUUACCUCCACGAUUGCAUUUACAACAAAGAACUAUGAAUGAAAAUGACCGCUAAAAGUAGUACCACUAGUACCUGUUAAAGUUAAAGUACCAUUUUAUCGAUUUCGAUGACCUGGAAGUACCAUUUCGAUUUAUGACCAUUGUUGCCGUUUAAUUGACACUGUCAAAGUACCUUUUUCGAUUUCAUCAUUACCUUUCUUCGAUUUCGUGAAAAAUUAAAUGAACCUGCUCUCACACCUUCAUGAUCUACUAAAUCUAUGCAUAUUUUUCUUGAAGAUAGUCUUACUUGUGCGUGGGGUGCAGAUUUAUCGUGUCUAUUUACUACAGUGAUGAUAGGGGCGACCAUCUUCUGUUCAUUGUCUAAUGAUAAGUGCAUAAAAGGGAAUUACGAUGAUCAUUGUGCUGAGCUAGGAUCGAGUUAGAAUAGCUUGUUUCGUCACCUUACUAAACUGAAUCAUACACGCGUUUGAUGAACUACAAUUAGCUGAUGAAUGAGGGCAAAGAACUUCAUGUUCAUCCCAAGAAUUAUGAAAAUUGUCGAGCUCUUCUACUACUGCAAUCUGUGUCGUGUUGAGGUAGUAUUGAACUUAAUCAUUUCAUGGUAUAAUUGGAGGUAUAGAUAGACUUCUACAGCCAUGAAGACACUGUACUACGUUUGAUUGCUGGUUUUUGCAGUGUGAUUGGGACAUGAUGAUGUCUAAUACAAAUUUGGAACAUUGAUGUGAAUGCUAAUUUGCCAAGAACAAGGAUAUUGAAGGAAUCUGGUUGACCUCAAUGGAGUUGGGGUGCAAGGACAU